AUGACCGCCGCUGCUAUCCCCUGGCAUGCAAUCUACCCCGCACCGCGAAGCACAGCGGUCGGCAUCUGUCGCGAAGAAGUACUGCAAUGGUUCCGCGCCGGCAAACAGGCCGGACGCGAUUUUGUAUUGGUCGAUCUACGCCGGACGGACUUUGAGGGAGGGACGAUCCGAGGAUCCAUUAACCUUCCAGCUCAGAGUCUUUACCCGACGAUCCCAACAGUCUAUUCCCUGCUCAACCAGAGCCCCGUCAAGGAGGUCGUCUGGUAUUGUGGUUCCUCGAAAGGACGCGGCACGCGGGCCGCCAGUUGGUUCGCCGACUACAUCGAACAGCAGGGAGAGACCCGGCUGAGGAGUCUCGUCCUAGAAGGGGGCAUUAAGGGCUGGGUCGCGGCCGGGGAAGAAUACACGGAUCUGAUGGAUGAAUUUGACGCUUCUGUCUGGGCGAAAUGA